UUUCUAUAAAAAUCUAUCUCUAGUUUCUCUCUCUAAAUGAGUCUCUAAACUCUUUCGUUUUCCAGACUUCUUAAUAUCUUGAUAAGCUUUGGUUACUUUCAAUCAUGAGAAAGACGCUGAUCUGCUCUAGAUCUUUCCUAAAGCUUUCUGGUUUAUCAAUACGACUCUAGUCAACACGACAUUCGGAGGGGGGUAAAAUUCCUAACGAGUCUCUAAACUCUUUCGUUUUCCAGACUUCUCAACAUCUUCGUAAGCUUUGGUUACUUUCAAUCAUCAGAAAGACGCCGAUCGGCUCCAGAUCGUUGCUAGAGCUUUCUGGUUUAUCAAUACCACUCUAGUCGACACAACAUUUGGAAGGGGGUAAAAUUCUUAACGGUAGUUGAGCAAGUAAGAGGCCAGAAGUGCCCAGUAGAGCUCCCUUACUUGGAAAUUACCGCCCCCGUUUGUCAACACCACUCUAGUCAAUACGAUGCCUGAGGUUCUUGCAUAGGAAUGGUAUCAGAGUUCGGUGCUUUCGAAUUGAUAAAAAAAAUGUCACAAACUUAGAGGCUAAGACAUUCAAGGGAGAUGAAUGUGCAAAGAAGAUAUAUCCUUAAAACAUUUUUCUGAGGUAUUACUUUAAGAUUGACAUGUAUGUAUUUUGUCUCUAUACCACUUAUCUUCUUAAUUUUAUUACUACUUGUCUAAAUUUAUAAUGAAUUUGGAUUCCUUAAUCUCUAAUUUCACUUAUUACGAAUGUAUAACAUCCCAAUAGAAAAUGUUUAAUAAUAAGAUCAGAUAAUUAGGGAUAGAUAUAUUUUUUACAUUCUCCCACUUGGUCGUUAGUACAAUGCAAUUUUUAUUGCAUCAUAAAGGGCAGUAUGAUAUGCUAUAUCUUUAUUUUCAUUUGGUCAUUAUUAGUGUCUUCGCUAAUCUAGUAUUCAAUGGAAGUCAUGGCGGUCUUACAUAAAUUUGCAACAUAAUCUUUUCCAUGUAUUACUUCAUUGAUUACCUUCAUUACUAGACAGUAAACAUAAGUAGAAAUUAUUUUAAUUAUGAUCCUUUUUAUGUCUUUAAAUAAAGACGUAUUCUGCUAUCAUAAGUUCAACAAACAAUAAUGUGUAUGCACAUUGGAAUCAAAAUAAAUUAAAAUUGGAAAAAUCAUUAAAGAGCUCAAAUAAUUAUCAAAUAUAGGCUAAACAUAAACAUUCAACAAAAUUAAGAGAUAUAUUCAAAACGCAUACUUUCAACACAUACUUUUAAAGCAUACUUUCAGCAUGCAUCAUAAAGUCUUAAGGAGUUAAUGCAUUCAUAUAUUUUUCUGUAACCAUAAAUUUACCACUUAUUUGUACAAUGAGAAACUUUUUUCUUUCAAAACAUUUGCUUUAGCGACAUAUAUUUAAGCUUAAUGCUCAUAUAAUCGGAUCUUUAGAUAUGAUGUCUUAUUUAGAGAACAUUUUACAAUUUUUAUUGUCACAUAAAAAGUUAUACUCAAUGACAUAAACUUAAAGAAAAUUCUGAAAACUUGUUUUAAUAAUAGAAGCUUCACAGAAGUGUCACAUUCUUAGCUUCCUUAGUGGAUGUGAAACAACUACAGCUACAAAUUCCUCUAUAAUGUGAUACCUCUGCUUUUCCUAAUGAGAUACACACAACCAAUAGUAUAAUGCUCAGAACCAUGAUAUCCUAUAAUAUCUUAGUUAGCUUAUGCAACCAUCCACUACAAGAAAACAUGUCGAUUUCCGACGGAUAUUCUGACGGCAUAAUUUUCCUCUGAAAUUUUUUGAUGGAAAUCGAACGAAAUUCUGACGGAUAAUUCUGUUGGAAAAUUAAACCGACAGUUUUAUCCAUCAGAAUUUUCCGACGGACUUCUUGCCAUCAGAAAUAUCUGUCAGUAAUCCGUCAGAAACAAUUUUCGUCAGAAAUCUGUCAGAAAUUUCUGACGAAAUUCCGACUAGAUUUCUGUUGGAACUUUCCGACGGGAUUCCUACGAAUAGGGACUGUUUAAAAAUAGCCAUUAUAUAGCCAUUGGAAUUUUAAAAUCCGUCAAAAAUUCUCAUACAUUGGCCUAUUUAAACCCUUUUCCUCUCCUUUUCUCAUUCAUAUGACAAAGCUAAAAUCCAAAAAAUUGUUUGACAAUGUCUUCUUCGAAUCGUUUUAAAAAUUUUGGUCGUGGAUAGACAAAUAUCAGAACGAUCCAGUGACGGGAAAAAUUACGGAUGAGUUCGCGGAAGGUCUACAUCAAUUCAUUUAAUUUGCAUCAAAGUAGGAGAUAACAUUACAAUUUGGGAAUGCUUAAAAUACCUUACAAAAUAUAUUCUAAAAUGGCACAAGAAGAGAAAUAUAUGUUGUUUCUUUCUUUCGCGCAUCAUUAUUCAUGGGACUCUAUACACUCCUCUGAGGUGGAAAAGGAAUUCCAGGCCAGAGUUGCUCUCCAGUAUUCAGGACACAUGAAUGACUGGAAGCGAAAGUGAAGAGAUGGUGUUGUUGAUUGUCCUAUCGGGUUGACAGAGACAUGUUGAAAAGGCUUCCAAAUUUAUUGGGCUGAGGCUGCGACGGAAAAACUCUCGAAAAAGAAUUCAAAAAACCGAAUGGGCGACCGAGGUGGUAAAGGAAUAUCCACGCAUAAUUCGAGAGCCAUGGGUUUUGUUCGGCGAGUAGCAAAAAUGCGAAAGAAAGUGGUGGUGUCCCUGUCCCUUACUAUGACUUUGUGCAAGUUACCCACACCAACCAGACAACUAAGCAAAUGCAAGACAUAAUUGCCAUUGACCUUGUUGAAAAAGUCCGUAGAAAAAAAAAGAACGACUUACUCAGUUAUCUCAGCAAGGAAUGCCCGUCGAAGACCUUCCCCGAGAAGAUGUCGACGCAAUGGUUUUAGAGUAUACUCCAAAAAACAAGGGCUGUUUAUUUGGAUUAGGAUGUCUUCCUGAAAUGUACAUGGCUGGAUUUUUAAGGGAAAACCCACCUAUGGAACAGGAAAUAGCAUUGGAACAAGAAGUUGUAGAGUUAAAGACUAGACUCAAUGCAAAAGACGGCGAAUUUGACAAAAUGAAAGAGUUCAUGUCGAAAAAGUUUCCAGGUUAAUUUUAAAUUUUAUAAUGUAUUUGAAUAAUAAUUUUUGUUUUGUUGACAAUUUUAAUUUUAAUUUAAUUUCCAAUUUUUUUGUUUUAAUUAAUUUUUGUAGAGUCCAUCAGAAUGUCUGUAAGAAAAUGCCGUUAGACGGCUGUUAGAAUUUCCAUUGGAAAAUUAAAACGAUAAUUUUGUCCGUCGCAAUUCCAUCAGUAUUUUCUGAUAGACUUCUUGCCGUCAAAAAUCCAUCAGAAAUUUCUGACGGAAUUCCGACUGUAUUUUCCAUUGGAAAUAUCCGACAGAUUUCCGACGGGAUUCCUAAAAAUAGUGACCAUUUAAAAAUAUCCGUUAUAUAGCCGUUUUAUAGCCGUUGGAAUUUUAAAAUCUGUCGGAAAUCCGUCAAAAAUUCUCAUACAUUGGCCUAUUUAAACCAUUCUCCUCUCCUUUUCUCAUUCAUAUAACAACUAAAAUCCAAAAAAUUGUUUGACAAUGUCUUCAUCGAAUCGUUUAAAUAAAUUUCGGUCGUGGAUAGACAAAGCUCCGAACAGUCCAGUGACGGGAGAAAUUAUAGAUGAGUUCGCAGAAGGUCUACAUCAAUUCAUUCAAUUCACAUCAAACCAUGAGAUAACAUUACACUCUGGUAAGAUGUACUGUCCACGUAGUAAACAAGGGAAUAAUAGAUUUAUUUCGGUAUCUUCGGUUCAGAAUCAUCUAAUUAGACGAGGAUUUAUAUCGGGUUAUAAGAUUUGGUAUUCGCAUGGAGAAAAUGAUUCAAUGUUAAAUUUUGCUAGUACUAGUGAACAUUUUCAUGGAUAUAGGUUAGAGGAACCUAGAACGGAAGUAGAUGAACAGUUACGUACUAUCUAUAUGGUUAAUGAUGCAUUUCCGUGGCAUUGUUUGUUAAAGAGGGAGUUAGAAUAGAGGAACCAAAUUUAGAAGCCCGAAGGUUUUCUGUCAUGCUAGACGCAGCGAAAAAUCAGUUAUAUAAAGGUUGUAGCGAAGGAGAUUCGCCUUUAUCA